GCACAUUAUUUAUUCCAUUUGAGUUAACUAACUUCUGUAAACAAAAAUCGAAAGUCAGUUACAAAAGAAAACAGACGAGCGAAUUUGGCGGGAGGUUUUUUUUUAUCUGAUCAUAACAAUAACAAAUAAAAAUGAAAACAGAAAAGAGAAAUUGUCGAUAAAGAUGGUGUAUAUAUUAGAUUAAAAUUGAAUGAAAAAAGGUACGAUGGGUAGAAUGAGAAAUAUGGUUGAGGAAGAGAUGGGGAAAACAGCGAGAGGAGUUCGAAGAAAGGGUGGUGGAACUGCAGUGAAGAAGAGUUGGAUGGUUGUAUCAGAAACAGGGGAAUCACACGUCGAGGAUGUUGAUAAACAUUCUAUCAUGCGUAGAACAGGUUUACCCGCGCGUGACCUUAGAGUUCUAGAUCCAGCCCUCUUCCACCCUUCUUCUAUUCUAGGACGUGACAAAGCCAUCGUUGUUAAUGUAGAAUGUGUUAAAGCUAUCAUCACUGCCAACCAAGUCUUCAUGAUUAAUUCCACCGAUCCUUUUUUUAUUCGCUUCCUUCAAGAUCUUCAGCAACGUGUUCCUCCUAACAACAAUCGAACACCGUCACGGACCAGCAAUGAGAUGGACGGUGAUUGUGAAGAGAAACCUCUACUAGAAGAUGGUUCACCUUUGUUGCAGAGUGGUAUAGAUUCAAAUCCACCACCGGAAAUUUUCGACCAUGGUACACCGAUUAGCAACAUAGCUGUAACAACUGCUCCUAAGAAGUUACCUUUUGAGUUCAGAGCACUUGAAGCUUGUAUUGAAUCUGCUUGUUCUGUUCUUGAAUUUGAGACUCAGAGAUUGGAAGAAGAGACUUACCCUGCUUUGGAUGAAUUAACCUCUAAAAUUAGCAGUCUCAAUCUUGAUCGUGUAAGGCACAUCAAGAAUCGUUUGGUUACACUUUCUGGUCGUGUGCAGAAGAUAGCAGAUCAAAUAGAACAUUUAUUGGAUGAUGAUAAUGACAUGGCUGAAAUGUACUUGACUCAAAAGCUUAAGGCUAGCGUAUCGGACUUAGCAUCAGUAACAGAAGAAUACAACUCAGAAGUUGAAGAUAUAGAUGAAAGUGAUGAUUCAAGAUCGGUUAGAGACAAAUCCUAUGGUAUUAAGCCGGAUGUUGAGGAAUUGGAAAUGCUUUUAGAAGCAUAUUUUGCACAGAUUAAUGGAAUCUUGCAAAAAUUGACCAGUUUGAGUGAGUAUGUAGAUGAUACAGAGGACUACAUCAACAUAAUGUUAGAUGAUAAGAGAAAUCAGCUUCUACGAGUAUCAAUAACAUUGAACACAAUAAACAUGAUAGCCAAUGCGGGUAUUGUGGUUGUUGGAUUGUUUGGUAUGAAUAUUCACAUUGAUCUCUUCGAUGGCCAACCUCGUCAAUUUUGGGCCACAACGGUUGGCACACUCGUAGGCUGUGUAUUGUUAUUCCUUGUUUAUGUUUGGUGGGGUAAACAAAGAUAUUUGCUAUUUCAAUAGAGAGGAGUCACAUGUAAAUCAUUUAGAUUAUUAGUAGUAAUUCAUGUGUACAUGAUUAGAAGGAGAAACUUGCUCCAUUAUUUGCUUUUUGCUUUACCAUAGACCUUGUUUAGUAUUAAGGUUUAAUAGUUUUUGUCAUUUCUUUCAUCUACGUGUGAACUAUUACAGUUAUUCAUUAUCUGUUUAGUAUUUUCACUAUGUAAAUUAUUUUAAAUCUUACAUAUUACUUUUUGAAAAUAUUGUGGAAAAUCGUAUAGUAUCUCAACCACCAAAACUGUAUUUUGUUUGAUAAUACACGCAAAUAUCAAUACCUCAUAUCAAUGCCAACUUAUAAUUUAAAAGAAAACUCG